AACAAUAAAACGAUCAUCACCCGGCUAGAUUGACCUGGAGUACAUGGGUACAAUUAGGCAGCGAUGGCUCAGGGGCAUCCGGCGUCGUUCGACCGGCUCGUUCGUUUUAGCCCCAGAAUGACCUCUGCGGCGCAUGCAUUGUCUCGACCGUUGCCUCCAGGCGACCAAUGACCUCACAAGUCCAAAGAACCAAUAAUAAAACACAUUAUGCAUCCCAAGUGGGCCAUGGUGAUCUGGCCGAAUCCGGGGAAAGGUAAGGGAGGCGUGUGAGUGGCGGGCGGGAUUUGAGUUGAUGGGAUUAAUUAAUUUCAGGGCACGGAUCGGGAUCAGUUGAUGUUCUGCCCGGGAUCCGGAGUGGUGUGUCCGAUCAGACCAUCCGGAUACCCACCACCACAACCGAGGAGGAAAAAAGUACAUAUACUUUUUGUUGACUCAAUUUACAACCCGAAAGCGAAUCAACAGCGUGACGGGAUAUGCGCUGAGGAAGCCCAUCAUGGACUACACCUUCAACACCACCCUCGCCGCGCCGGCGACGGGCUCCUACCACGAGCUAUACGAGAUCGCCAGCCUGAACCCCAAACUGUCCUUCCUCGAGAAGCUCUGGUGGACGCACUACGCCUACUGGGACAACGACAUUAUCGCAACAGGAAUCAUCACCUUCCUCGCGCACGAGAUCCUGUACUUCAGCCGCUGCAUCCCGUGGAUCAUCGCAGACGCCUUCCCCAGCCUCUUCCACCGCUUCAAGAUCCAAGACACGAAAGCCCCGCCGUCGGCGCGCGAGCAAUGGAACUGCGUGAAAUACAUCCUAGCAAUCCACUUCAUCGUCGAGCUACCGCUGAUCGUCCUCUUCCACCCGAUGAUGGAAUUUUUUGGAUUGCAAUACACCCUCCCCUUCCCCGACCUGAAAACCCUAGCCCUGCAGACCACCAUCUUCUUCUUCGUCGAAGACACCUACCACUACUGGCUCCACCGCGCCUUCCACUGGGGCCCGCUGUACCGCGCCGUCCACCGCGUCCACCACCAGUACGCCACCCCCUUCGGCCUGACGGCCGAAUACGCCAGCCCCUGGGAGACGAUGCUGCUGGGCUUCGGGACCAUCGGCCCCCCGCUCGUGCUGGGCUGGUGCACGGGUGAGGUCCACCUGAUGACCGUGUUGGUCUGGGUCGCGCUGCGCCAGUUCCAGGCCAUCGACGCGCACUCCGGGUAUGAUUUCCCCUGGAGCCUGCGCAGGGUGUUCCCGCUGUGGGGCGGCUCCGAUUGGCAUGAUGAUCAUCAUCGGUAUUUUCGGGGCAAUUAUUCCAGCUCGUUUAAGCAUUGGGAUGUGUUGAUGGGAACGGUUGCCGGGCCGAGGGGGAAGAAGAUGAAGAAGAGUGAGUAAAUGCCUGCAGGGUGCAGCGUGCGUGGGGUUCUGUUGCACUAGUGUCUGGGUUCGAUUCUUGUGUAUGAUAUUCGUAAUAGUAAUUCUUAAUAUG